AUGCAUUGCCUCGGAGCUGUCACGGAUCUAUCUUCGGGCAAAGUGAAUAUCAGCCCUGGUGGAAAUCGCGGAAAUGUAUUGAGCGUGGUUCAAGCACUCGGCGUUUUAGUAUGUGAAGGAAGAAUUCAGGGCUCUUCACGAGGAUACAAAGAAGGCCCGCACUGCUCUGUACCGUUACAGACAGUUCCUAAUAAUCAUGUGUGCGAUAAAGAUAAUUAUUUGUGCAAUAGAUAUCUUGUGUUAAUUGAAGAAAUAGCGGACAGAGUCGACAUUGGUGCCAAUUUGUGUAUCGAAGUUUUUAUGUGCAGCGAUUGUCCAUGUGGACAUGCGACAGCGACUUGUAAUAAUAUAAUUUCCUCAAUACCAUCCACAUUAAUCUCGCAAUGGCCACAUUCGUCCGAAAUACUCCUCGAGUAUUGGCGCAUUGGAGUUCUUCCCAGCAAGAGCUCGGAGAUGAUGAAUCCACUAGCUUUAUAUCAAGCGGUUCGAUCUCGUUUGCACUUUAGUCAAGUAGCAGCUUGGUGGUCACGUAGCAAUGGUACUAAACCUGCCUACGUGGCGACGAGAAUUAUACCACAUAAUGCCGACAAUCUCAGAAAUUUUCGAGAAACGCCAAUAGAACACACAUUUCCAUUAGCAGCAAUUGGUGAUGGUAAUUCUGUAAACGUUACAGUUUGGGCUUUACCACGAAUUAAAGAUGUACCCACAUUUAUUUGCCCCAUCCAUCAAAGUUUAGAUUUGCAAGAAGAAGAAAAUGGUGCCAGAGCAGUUACUCCAACAAAAAACGUUGUAUCAUCUCGUUUGGAUCCGGGCCUUGUUUUACCAUCUCUAGUUGACGAUAGAUUACAAACGCCAUGUGAUAAGUCAGGAAAACAUCAUUGUAAUUGUGAAGAUGAAGACGGAUGCCCACCUUCACCGUGCAUUAAGCCAAAUGGAGAAAGAAAACGUCGUAGAUCUUUACCAUGUGGUCCACCCGACGCUAGUUCAUGUCCUACAUUUAAUAACGUCCCAUUAAUGUCAGUUAGUGAAACUAACUCGUCUAAUGUAUUUAGAGAUGCUGAAACGAGUUUUGCUGAUACAAAACAGCCAGCUGACGUAGAAAAAUUUAAUACUCGAAGUUAUGCAAGUACAAGCACAUUUGAACGUUGUUUUAAAACGCAAGUAAAACUUACUCUUGAAGCGUCAGAAUGUAAUGAUGAAAAACGAUAUAAACCAUCUUCAGAACUUUUAGCCGCCGAAAUGAAAUCAUAUGUAAACAACACUGCUCCAAUUGGCUCUAAUAAAUUUAAAUCAUUUGUGCCUUUUGUUGAAUCACAAGACUUAGGAAUGUCUGGAAUCCUUAAUUUCGAUGCGACAAAACCAGAUAGUUCACAUGAAAAGAAUAAUCAUCCAUCGGCUGUAUCAACUAAAACAAAUGUCGUUAUAAAUCCUUUAGCGGAACAUGUUUCGUUUUAUGAACCAAACUGCGGCCCAUCUACAUUUUUCAGAUCAUCACUUUCUAAUAAUAAUAAUAAUAAUAAUAAUAAUAAUAAUAAUAAUAAUAAUAAUAGCAGUAAUAACAACAUAAACAACAACACCGGUAGUAGUAGUAGUAGUAGUAGUAGUAGUAGUAGUAGUAGUAGCAGUAGCAGUAGUAAUAGUAGUAGUAGUAGUAGUAGUAGUAGUAGUAGUAGUAGUAGUAGUAGUAGUAGUAGUAAUAGCAAUUGUUGUAGUAGUAAUAGUAUUAAUAACAAUAAUAGCAAUUCAAAUACCGAUAAAUCACCGAAUGAAAAAAUAGUAGAUAAUUUGGAAGAAAAAUCAAUGAAGAGUCCAAUAAAUAGUGCUCAUGGCAAUAAGGAUUUAAGUCAUUUAAUGUCCAAAUUAACAUUUCCUAAAGAAAUAAAUAAUAAAAUACGAAAAGAAGAAAAUGGAAUUCUUGAUUGGAUAAGUAAAGUGCCUGGUAGAGUACUCGGUGGUGCAUCUAAUAGUAGCCAUGUAUUAGAAGAUGGGAACAAGUCCACAACGAAUGGUUUUAAAGAUGAAAAUCAAGAACAAAAGCAAUUACGUAAUUCUAAUGCGAUCAAGUUCAAAAAUUGUAACUUAGAGUUGAGCCAGCGUGAAUUCGAUGAAGUUUUAGCUGUUUUAAGAACACGAACACCGACUAAUCGACGAUGCAUUCAAGUCAAGACACUUAGAAAACGUGAACGUGUGGAAAAAUUAGUAGAUUGUAAUAUUUUAGAAAAAACACCAAUUAAAAAUGUAUCUUCUACAAGUCAUUCAAGUCAUUCUCAUUGCGAAAAUUCACAAUCGACCGAUUCCGUAGGAAAUUGUAUUUUGCAAUCGUACAAAAAUUUAUCUUCAGCGGAUAGUUGUCAUAAAUCUUGUAAUAAAGCGGAUGUAUUACUAGGAGCUAUUUUACGUACUAGCCGUGAUCGUAAAGGAUUAAUAGAUAUUUCUAACGGCACAAAUUCUCGUACUGUUUUAUCAAAUGAUACUAGUGAUGAUAUACAUUGUAAUAUACAAGCCGCACUGCCAGGUGAAGAUGUUGAUUCACUAGUACCGUCAAUGCUAAAUAAGAAACUUAAUCGUUUAAAAUUACUUUUUAAAAAAGAACAAGAAAGAAGAGAAACAUUAACAAAAGAUCUUUCGAAUCCAAAGAAUAAUUCUUUAAGUUCGCCCACUGAUUAUGAUAGGCAAAAAAUUAAUUUUAUCAAUACUAACAAAGUAAAAAGAAAAAUUGAUUUUACUAAUUAUUCAACGAGUAUUAAACAAGUAGAGCCUUCAUGUGACGAAUUUGUCAAUGGAACAACGAGUAAAACACAAGAAAAUUCAAUUUGUUGCAGAAUCGAAAAUGGAUCCAAAGUUGAUGACUUGAAUGAUCAUAAAAUUCUGACUAAAAAUCGCUUUGUGUCUUCCGUUAAUCACAGUACUAAAAAUCACUAUGAAAACGAAGAUAAAAUUAGUGAAAACGGUCAAUUAAAUAAAAAAUCUCACGAUGAAUCUCGUAUCAGCUUUGAAGAUGAAGUUAAUGAUAAAAAUGUUCCUUCAACAAUUGAGCAAGAACGUUUCAGAAGAUCUUUGGAAAAUGCUGCUUCAAUGGUAUUUCACUGUAGAACAGGUUUACCACUUACAUCCAGUCCAGCUCCACUUAGAAGAGGCAGUUGUUGUUUUGAUUACGAUAGUACCCUUAAUUCAGUUUCAUCAAAGCGAAGUGCCCUUUUUGAGUUGAAUACACCACCAAGCCCAGGCGCAGUAUCACUAGAAGAAAAACAAUUUUCGGAAAGUGACGAAACUCCAAAACGAUCAUUUUCCCGAAGUAGACCUCAAAGUUAUUCUUUACUUGGUAAUUUUGAAGAAUCAGCAUUAAAUGGAAGGUUAGAACCAGUUUCAACUGUUCAUGGAUUCACUGCUGAAAUUGGAGCGAGUGGUAUCUUUUGUCCCAAACAUCGUAAACUUCCGGUGACUGUGUUUUUUUAUACACUUGGUGACAAUGAUAAAGUUUCCACCCCUUAUCUUGCUCACAUUAAUUUAGGGAAAAAAGGUUAUCAAGUACCAAGAAGUGGUACAAUCCAAGUAACUCUUUUGAAUCCUUUGGGCACGGUAGUCAAAAUGUUUGUUGUUUUAUAUGAUUUAUCAGACAUGCCACCCCGAUCUCAUACUUUUCUACGUCAAAGGACAUUGCGAGAUAAAACUCUACGCUACCUCAUACACUUGAGAUUCAUGUCAGGAAAAUCUGGUCGAAUUUAUCUUCAUACAGAUAUAAGAAUAAUUAUUUGUCAUAAGGCCGAUGUCGAUACGGCAUCUGAUUUUGCUUCAGAGCCACCGAAAGAAUUGAAAAGUUAUAUUCACGGUCCAACAAAUCCAAAAUUUUCACCAAGAUGCUGA